AUGCUCGAGGCGGCGGGCGCUGGUCUUGUACUGAUGGGUGACUUGACAAACGAGGAAUCCGGGAACGCGUUUCUUGAACUUUGCCGGGUUGUAGUGGUGUUCGGCAAGCGAUUGAAACAGGCCAAGUACAUGAUUGCAAAUUUUAACUCGGUUGCGCAUCAAUCGGGAAUCGUCUUACCGCCAAAAGCAGUGUUGAUUCUUGAAUCGGGGUGA